GGGAGAGGCAGUGAAGAAGGCAACGCGGGUUAAAUACAAAGAAGUCAGCGAUGGUCUUCUUCACGCCCGGGUCCUCCACCAGACCGGUUGCCGCUAUUCCUUUCCUUCCCCAAUAUCAAUAUUUUAUUUGAUUACUAUUAUAUAUAUAAAUUUUAAUUAUUUGAAGGGCCAAAUUGCAAACUCAAAACAACCUUUAUUUUUUAUUUCACUUCUCUACUUCUCUUCGUUUCAAGAAGACUUCAGUACGACUCACAGCACGAGGAUAAUAAUACGCCCGCCAUUGAUGAAGAAGGACAGCUCCAUGAAUCCUAACUUAAAGCUUCUUCUACCUCCUCCCGACGAAGUUUCUUUUGCAUUCAUAACUCGAAGCGGUACUUUCACCGAUGGCGAUUUGCUUGUUAAUAAGGACGGCGUGCGGAUUGUUUCUCAAACGGACGACGAAAGUCCUCCACCAAUAAAGCCCUCAGACAACCAUUUGUCUUUAGCAGAUUUAGACUCGAUAAAAGUCAUUGGAAAAGGAAAUGGUGGAAUUGUUCAAUUAGUCCGACAUAAAUGGACCAACCAGUUUUUUGCUCUAAAGGUGAUUCAGAUGAAUGCCGAGGAAUCUUAUUGUAGGCUGGUUGCCAAGGAACUAAAAAUUAAUCAGUUGGCACAAAACCCUUACAUCGUUGUCUGUUAUCAAAUCUUCUAUGACAAUGGUGCCAUUUUCAUAAUCUUGGAAUACAUGGAUGGUGGAUCGCUUGCAGAUCUUCUGAAAAAAGUUGAAACAGUCCUAGAGCCGUAUCUUGCAGCCAUUUGUUACCAGGUACUAAACGGGUUAAUAUACCUUCACCACGAAAAACAUGUCAUCCACAGAGACCUUAAGCCUUCAAAUUUAUUGAUAAAUCAUAGAGGGGAAGUUAAGAUUACUGACUUUGGUGUAAGCGCUAUACUGGCAAAUACGGCCGAUCAAGCAAAUUCUUUUGUCGGCACAUAUGCUUACAUGUCUCCGGAGAGACUCAAUGGGGACAAAUACGACAACAAAAGUGACAUAUGGAGUUUGGGUUUGAUUUUGCUUGAAUGUGCGACGGGUCAAUUUCCAUAUUCUCCACCAGAUAAGGAUAAAGGAUGGGAAGGCUUUUUUGAUGUUAUGGUGGCCGUAGUAGAACUAGCAUCGCCUUCUGCGCCCGAACAAUUUUCACCAGAGUUCUGCUCUUUCAUUUCUUCAUGCUUACAGAAAGAUCCACAAAAAAGAAGCUCUGCACGUGAACUUCUGGUGCAUCCUUUCAUCAAAAAGUUCGAGAACUUCGAUGUAGAUCUUGCAGCUUACUUCAAAGAUGCUGGUUCUCCAUUGGCAACCUUCUAAUUUUAUAUGGAACAGGAGUAGGCCACAGGCUCUUCGACUUUAACAUCUCAUUUAAUUACUUAAAUGCCUUUGAUGGGAGGAAAUAGGUUACUGCAAGAUCCAAACUUCACUGGGGGACAUUCAAGAACCCAAUUCAUUUGUUGACGAGUUAAAUAAUCCUAAAUGUAAACUAUGUAAUGCUCGUUGUAAUAUAGUUUGUGUUUUUACUACAAUGUAAAGUGAGGAAUGUGAUUCAAUUAUUUUGGACAGAUGAAAUGAAAAUCAUUGUAGGCAGUCGAGGAAACUGGAAAAACUUUUUGGUAUAUAUAUUGGUUAAUGUAAUGGAAACUUUAUACUACUUGAUUGA